AUGGCAUCACUAGAUUCAUUGACCAGAAAACUUGAAGAUACCCAUGCAGAAUUCCUUCAAGUGCAACGUGAGGUAGUGGAGACCUUACGCUCUUUCUAUUCCUCGUCCUCGAACAUCUCUGCGGACGAAGCCAUCAAGAUUGCAGCUAAAUGGGGCACGUCACACUCGAUUUCCAUGACGGGAAAUGAUGUAGACGCGUCGGACCUGCAGGAGCGGAUGCGACGGCUGAAUGUGGCGCUACUGGACGCUGUGGAUCGCCUACAGCUGGACAAGAGUGGCGAGAUGGCACCAGAAGCUCAGCUUUUACUAUCGUUGACACACAAAGAACAACUGACAAAGCAAAUACAGCAAUCGAAGACCAUGCUGGCUCUGAUUGAGCAACUCAAAGAGACGGAUCGAUUGCUAGGAGACGUAGAUGAAUCAAUUGGACAUCAUCGCUUUGUUGCAGCGGCGGAGAGCAUUGUUGAAGUGGAGGGAUUGGUGCAUGACCUUGAGGUAGCAGAGAAAAGAGAUGGAGUUAAUGCAGACGGCAGAAAACUCAUUCGAGUUGUUAAGUUGCAAUUGUUGCGUGAGAAAAAUCGGCUCCUGAAUGAGCUGACGCAGUAUUUCGCUUCUACGGUGGUUUGGAAAGAUAAUACGUUAAAGGUGGCAACAAGUUUUGUGGAUGAUGUAUUGGGAGCGAUCACGUUGGUAGUGGACGAACGACGUGGGGAGUUUUGGAAGGCGUGCGAAGUACUGGGAAUCCUGGCACCAAAAAUGAAGGACAUUGCGAAAGCCGUCUCACAACACCUUAUAAAACCGAUGUUACAGAUGCAAAGAGGAUUGAUACAGAAGAUUGAGGAUGAUAGCGGUGUUGUGCUGGAAGUUGUGGCGCAAAGCUCGGAGAUUGAUGAUGCCUCAGUGAAGAGUGGAGAAGCAGAGAUACAGGAUAAAUGUGCCAACGUUGUCAAGGUGCUUCAGUUUGUCUAUGUAGAGCUUUUUGGGAGUACACCUGAGCUGAUGAAUCAGCUUGGCGAUUUCAUGUGGAAGAUUCCGGGUAACCUUGAGGCCCAGGUUAUGAAUCUGCUACAAGAAAAAAUUCCGCACGAUGUCACCGCACUUGACGCGUACCGAGAAGUCCUUAUGACAAGUAUCGCUACCUUGGAGAACACGUUAGUGGCGACCGGUUUCUCGGCUUGCAGCAAUAGUCAACUUCGAGGCUUUGUCAACCGACUUAGCGAAUUGCACGCAAAAAAACGCCGGCAGGCCAUAUUGAGCAGUGGGCGUGAUUUGAUGCGCCAAGGGUACCAUGACUCUGUCAAAAUCACGGGCGCCUCCGAGAAAUGUUGCCUCAAUGCAUCCACUGGAUCGGGCAAGAAAGGUACAAGUGGCGAGAAAAAAGGUCUUGGAAUUGAUGAUACGCCUGACAGGUGGAGUACAGACGAUGUCGAAAGCAGUUAUUUUCAGGUCCCCAACUACCUGGUGACUGUUUGUGCUCAUGAGGUGGUGGAGCUGGUGCAUCAAACUCUUGUAGAGGCAUGCGCUUCUGGCGAGACGAACGCAAACUUACUUUUCCAGACAGCGCGAGAUCUUUUCUUUCUAUUUCGAACUGUGAUAUCCACGUUAUACGAUAACGAUAUUGCAAAUGACCCCCGAACCUGUAUGCUGUAUCAUAAUGACUGCAUAUACAUUACACAUCACAUGCUGGUAGUUGGGCAUAUCUACAAGGAUCGGCUCCCAGCACCUCUUAACCAAACCGCUACAAUGGUGGACAUGGUCCCUUCUUUUCGAGAAGUCGGUGAACAGGCAUUGACUUCGUUUGCCUCAGCGCAAAUGGAAGAGGCUGUGUCUGGGAUAAAGCAUUUACCGUCACUUGGUGCCCUCGAUUCAGAAUACGAUUUGGAGCGCGUGGAAAAAUUCCUGAAGAGCGCACUUUACAAGCUGAAUGAAAUGAGUUCAUUGUGGCACGAAGGGUUACCUCUUGCGGUCUACAACAAGAUCAUGUCACGGAUGCUUGAGCCACUAGUAAAGAAUUUCGUGGACGGUGUUUUCACCCAAACGAAAAUUUCUGAAAAAUCUGGAGUUCACCUCCACCACCUGUUAUCGUCGCUCUUAGAGUCUGAAACGCUGUUUGCUUCGCCAGCACAAGCUGCAAAAUUCGUCCCCAGUAUGGAGAGGCUCUCGAAACUCAUAGCGAUCUUGAUGGAUCCACUGGCAAUGGUUCGCGAUAAGUUUAACAGUGGCAGUCUGGAUAUGUUUUCUUCGAAAGAGCUGGCUGUUCUCGUGAGAUCUCGAUUCCGUGAGACUCCUGAAAAAAAGGAUUUCUUACAAGAGCUACUGACAGCUUGA